AAAUAUGGUCUAUAUCGAGUAUUUAAUAUUGACUUAAAUGAAAAACGUAUUCAAUCGGUUCUUAUACCAUCACCAUUGACAUCUCAAUUAAAAGAAUCAGUUCUUAAACAAAAAAAGAAAAUAAUUGAAAAACAAGAACAAUCAUCAACAUCGAAAUCUAAACACACACGAGAACAUAGUGGUGAUAAAGAAUUAUUAUCACCAGCUGAUGAAGAAGAAAAUCGUUCAACUUCUUCUACACCUUCUCUUGCUCCUCCUGUUACUGCAGGGAAACCCAAAAAUUCUCAAAAUAAUAUUUUAAUUGAUGAUAAAUCAACAAAAACACAUUAUCUUUCUAAUCUCAUGAAAGAAAUACAAACAUCAUUAAAAUAA